UCGAAUGGUUUAAAAAUCUGUCCGUCAGCUACUGUAACAGUUAAAGGAAUAUAUAUCUUUCCCCUCCUGCUCUUGGUGGACUACUGAAGUCCGGUGUAAAUGCAAUAGUUUGUUUGUACCACACGUCAUUUUGAAAAACGAGCGUUAUUGUGCUUCCCGAAGAAAGGACUGUUUGGCGCGCGCGCACACAAGCGACUCGUUUUUGACGUGCUCGGGAACCCCAAGGACCAUGCCAGAAAAACCGACCAUGGAGGAUUUAGACGAGCAGUAUAUUCUGCUCGAGACUAUAGGCUCAGGCGGUUUCGCCAAGGUGAAGCUUGGCAUUCACAUUUUGACAGGCGAGAAAGUCGCUGUAAAGAUAAUGGAUAAGCACUCCCUUGGCGAUGACUUGCCACGAGUGAAGCUUGAGAUAACAGCGUUGAAGGACCUCAGUCAUCAAAACAUCUGCAAGCUCUACCAGGUUAUUGAGACAAGCACCAAGAUAUACCUUGUACUGGAGUAUUGCCCCGGAGGUGAGCUUUUUGACUACAUUGUUGAAAAGGAGCGGCUAAGUGAAGAAGAGGCGAGACAUUUCUUCAGGCAGAUAGUCUCUGCCGUGGCGUACAUUCAUUCCAAGGGAUACGCUCACAGAGAUCUCAAACCAGAAAACCUUCUCCUGGAUGAGAACCACAACCUAAAGCUGAUUGAUUUUGGACUUUGUGCAAAGCCCAAGGGAGGAAUGACCACAAACUUGGAGACAUGCUGUGGGAGCCCUGCAUAUGCUGCGCCGGAGUUGGUUAUGGGACAAGAGUACAUUGGGUCCAUGGUGGAUAUCUGGAGCAUGGGAGUGCUUCUGUAUGCACUGCUAUGUGGAUGCCUUCCCUUUGAUGAUGAGAAUGUAGCUGUCCUGUACAGGAAAAUUCAGCAAGGGGAAUAUGACUGUCCGUCGUGGCUGUCCGACAGCAGUGUGGAGCUACUGUCUGAAAUGAUGACUGUGAUCCCUGACAAGCGCAUUGCAAUCACUCAGCUGCUUAACCACCCAUGGAUGGUCAAAGGGUAUGGGAACCCAGUGAGUGCCAAGAGCACAUACCGGUUGUCUGUUCUUGAUGAUGAAGUGGUUACAGAGCUGGCUGUCAGUUGUGGUCGUUCCAAAAGUUCUGUUGUUGUGGAGCUUUCUCAGUGGAGGUACGACUACAUGACUGCCACUUACCUGCUACUAGUCUUGAAGAAAAGUCAGGGCAAGGUCUUGAGGCUUGCGUUUCCAGACUCCCACCCCAAGCAAAGGAUGUCAUGCUCACGCAAGCUGGCCCUGGAAGAGCCUGUGAAGAUUGCGCUUCCCACGUCACCUCUUCGCAACUCCCUGGAAAAUGGGUUGGACAAUGCCCAACUGUUGUCACUGGGCAGUCCCCCGCUGCGAAGUAUUGACAAUGAUCUCAGCAAUUAUGAUCUAGAAGCAUCAGCUGUGGAAGAGCAGCUCAUGCAGUCCAGUGUGCCAAUGGAUGUGGACAGCAGUGACAAGGAGAACUUUGCCCAGCCACGUGUUCCAACUCCAAAGCGAAGAACUAACAAGGCUGUACAGGAGGCAGCAGUUCCCGCACAGCGGUUACAGGUCUCGCACAACGGUGCAAACGUUUCCGGCCAGAGCACACCGGUUACCAAAAGCCGACCUCCAUCGGCUGACGCGGAGUUUCGACAGAGCCCGCUACGAACUCCUGAUGGCGGCCGAUCGGCGGUGGCGGCAUCGGUGGUGCGGACACCCGAUGUGACCAGGCUGGCCGAAGCAGCGUCCUUCUCGCACCGCGGCAGCUCGGCCAAGCGCGUGUUUGGCUCCAUCGAAAAAGGCUUGGACAGGAUGCGCCUGAUGCUGACACCUCGCCGGAGGCUGGGUUCGGCCGCCGGCUCCCACGAGGCACCCAGGAAGGUCAAGGUGAUGCAGAACGUCUCUACCAUGCCGGCGGUGUUGACCCCCGACCAGGUUCUGGAUUCCCUGCGCACAGCUCUGCUCCGCAAAGGCAUCAUCUGCAAGCAGAACAGGUACACCCUCCGGGGCAAAGUUCGUGACGACUGGGGCAAGGUACAGCUGACGUUCGAGCUGGAGGUGGUUCAAGUGCAGCAGCCCGAAUUGCUGGGCAUUCGGCGCAAGCGGCUCACCGGCGACGCCUGGCAUUACAAGCGGGUCUGCGAGGAAGUGCUCAAGAUCAGGGCGGCUUGAGCGGAAACGCGUCUCGUGUUACUGCGGGCCACCGUCUACGUCACGCUUCCCUCGUUGGCAUCCAUCGGCUUUGAUUUUUUUUUGGUCAACUCGCUUUGCCUUUGUGGCUUUCUCCAUUUGCACACUAUCUGCACUUCCUUUCGGUGGAGAUGCCGCACUGGCCUUGCCUGGCUGGUUCCUAGUAAAUAAAGCUGAAAGCCGGCAUGCCGAUCCACCACAACCUCUUCGCUGUUUCGCUCGAAACGAGCUGUCAAUAUAUAGAGGGUUCAACAACUGGCGUGGUGUAUCGCGGCAACCUGGCGGGGCAGGUAGAGCGUAAACUCACUGCCAUUGUUAUCCUUCUUCCAUAAGGGGACCAAUGCUCUAUUCCAUGCAAACGAGAUACGAAGUAAAAUAUUCAUAUGUGAUCUCAUAUCUACCUUAAUAAGAAGUUGACAGUGUUCGUGCCUUCUCGGUCGCGUUUGAAUAUUUCCAGUUUGCGUUUCGAUUGCCUGUGACUGUCUGAUUAAAGAUGUGUUUCGAUAGUUGCACCGACAGAUGCAGUUCGCCACUUGUGUUGCGUGCAUGAUUACGUGCAUCGGUGGUCAGGUGUGCAGUUAAACCGGGAAACCGAGUUUCGCCUACAGCUCAGUGGGAGGAGCGUGCCACGUCACGAAUGGAUUCCAAAAUAUGUAAUUUAGCGAGUGCGGCUGACGAGAAAAUUGCUCGCACAGUUUCUCAUUUAGUGGUGCGUGCUAGGCUAAAUGCUACAAGUAUACGUGAAGCGAUAUGCUUUAAAGCUCAUAUUUCUAUGUAUACAUUUACUGUUUUUUCAACUGCAGCACUCUUUUUUUAGGCUUUUUACUGUAUCGAAUAUUUACCGCGGACAUGUUAUAUCUGUCAUCACGACGCAAGAUAUUGUUAGUUUGUGCUUAUUAUUUAUGUAUUGCGAGAGAAAAAAAAAGAGAGAUAACUUUGUUAUUUCUCAUGUAUACUUUUUAGAGCCCAUUGUAUUUCUACCUCUGCCCCAAAGCAGCAUAUGUAUUUUUUGUUGGAACUGUUAGUGCAUGGGGAUUCCGCUCGAGUUAUUAUUCGCCCGCCAGUGUUCAUGUUUUCGACGUGAAUUGAUGCUAUCAGCGUACAGUGUUCUAAGACGGCCAUUUCACGUGCUGUCCUACGUUUCGUGUCAAUCAACGUCUGUAUGCGUAUGUAUGCAUGCGGUUCCGUGUAUAUGCGUGUUUUGACCGAGUAAGAGGUGCGUUCUUUGUAAUAUAUAAACUGUUGUUUUUGUAGCUUGCCUUCUAAUGCGGCCUUGUAUGCGCGGUGGCGUGGACGGGUCGAGAUAAUUGCUCUUGAGGGCGAAUCGUGUCACUCGUUGCCUAAUAUUGUUAGCCUUAUAGCCACGUUUCGUGUGUGACACGGUAUCGCGGAAAGGCGCGGUGUGAAUUAAAGCUGGUUUUUGAGGCCGUCCCUUCCUAUCCUGCUUUGAGCCACUGAAAGCCAGUAUGCAUUUUUUUUUUAAGUUUUUACCUCGCUCAUUUCUCUUAUCGCCACUGUGCGAGUAUUAAUCCUAGUCUUAAAAUAUGAGACUCAAUCUUGUUCUAGGAACUUUCUGCCAGCGUUCUUUUUUUAUUUGAAUAAACUUUUU